AUGAUGAGGGCCGGCGCGGAUUUCGCGCAACAGUUGCAGUACUAUUGCGAAUCUUUCGACGACGACCCGUUUGCCCGACGAUACGAACCCAAUUCGGUGGCGGCGUCGGCGGCCGGGACGUCGGCAGCGUCCGAUCAUUUCGCGGACUUCACGGUGACGGCGGCGGCCGAUUAUUGCAGUUCGGUGACCAGCGACGGGAGCGAAAUGGCGACGGGUCGCCGUGGCGUCGUGCGGGCGGCCGAUCCGAUUUCGACGGGGCGAAAACGCCGGAGAUUGGCGGCCAACGCGCGCGAGAGGCGCCGCAUGAACAACCUGAACGAAGCGUUCGACCGACUCCGGGGUGUAGUACCGGCCGCCGAUGACGAACGCAAGUUGUCCAAGUUCGAAACGCUCCAAAUGGCCCAGACGUACAUCAUGGCUCUGCACAACCUGCUCGGCGGUGAACCGACCGAGGUACCGCCCGCUGCAUUUACUGUGGCCGUGACAACCACCAAGACGACAGUCACGACGGCCGCGGCCGAUCAUCCCCAUCAACAGCGAUACUGCGACAUGCGGUGCUACAGUGUCCCUAUACUGCAACAGCAGUGGCCGAACGGCGGCGACGGUUUGUACACGUGGACUACUUCGCCGGGGUCGGGUUAG